UAUAUACAUAAGUGUCUAGCUUUCUUGAAUCCUCAGUCCAGUGGCCUGAAACCACAAAUAAUGGAGUUAGGCAACAAUAAUAGCGAGACUCAUGAUGAUAUGUCGAAGAUACAGCAAACUGAGGAGAAGAAAGAGCAGAAUGGAAGAAGGAAGAAGAAGCUUGGAGGGAUCAAAACAAUGCCCUUCAUUCUUGCAAAUGAAAUAUGUGACAGAUUUGCAUCAAGUGGUUUCCACGCAAACAUGAUAACGUACCUAACCCAAGUGCUAAACUUGCCGCUAGUACAAGCCUCCAACACUCUCACUAACUUCGGUGGAACCUCCAGCUUCACUCCCCUCAUUGGCGCUCUCAUCGCUGACUCCUUUGCGGGCAGGUUUUGGACCAUCACCGCUGGCACUAUUAUCUAUUGUUUGGGAUUACUUUGUAUCACUUUAUCAGCUAUCCUCCCGUCGCUGCGGCCUCCACCAUGUCCAACUCAGGAGAACUGCACGGAGGCCUCAACAUUGCAGCUAUGGAUCCUCUACAUCUCACUCCUCCUCACGUCUCUUGGGUCAGGAGGCAUAAGGCCUUGUGUUGUCACCUUCGCUGCGGAUCAGUUUGACAUGAAAAAGUCAAGUAUUUCGUCGCUAAAAUGGAACUUCUUCAACUGGUAUUACUUCUGCAUGGGAAUGGCCACACUCACUGCCUUAACUGUUGUUGUUUAUAUACAAGACAAUGUUGGAUGGAACUGGGGUUUCGGAAUCCCAGCCAUAGCCAUGGGUUUGUCGGUUCUGGCAUUUGUUUUUGGGUCACCUCUUUAUGUGAAAUUGGAACCGGGAGGGAGCCCCUUGACGAGAUUGGCUCAAGUGAUUGUUGCGGCUGUGAAGAAGAGGAAAACUGUAGUACCUGAAGAUCCCAAGCUCUUGUACCGGAAUCGGGAGCUUGAUAUUGCCAUUUCUGUGCAUGGAACACUUUUGCAUACUGACCAGUUCAAGUGUUUUGAUAGAGCUGCAAUAGUAACAGAAGGUGAAGCAACAAGUUCAAGUCCACCAAACCUGUGGAGGCUAGCCACAGUCCAUAGAGUUGAAGAGCUAAAAUCCAUCGUCAGAAUGUUGCCAAUUUGGGCUGCAGGAAUUUUACUUGUCACAGCCUCAUCACAUCAACACAGCUUCACCAUCCAACAAGCUCGAACAAUGGACUGUCACAUAACUCAUUCCUUCAAAUUCCCACCGGCUAGCUUAUCAAUCUUUAGUAUAAUAACCAUGCUCAUAGGACUUGUUUUAUACGAUCGAAUAUUCGUUCCAUUUGCUCGUAGAUUCACUAAAAACCCUGCAGGCAUCACCUGCCUGCAAAGAAUGGGCGUCGGCUUCACGGUUAACAUUCUAGCCACUCUUGUUUCAUCACUUGUAGAGAUCAAAAGAAAACAAGUCGCCGCCAAAUAUAACAUGUUAGAUGAUCCAAAAGCCGUUAUACCAAUUAGUGUUUUUUGGUUGGUUCCACAGUUUUGCCUGCAUGGAGUGGCUGAAGUUUUCAUGAAUGUAGGGCACUUGGAAUUUCUUUACGAUCAGUCACCAGAAAGCAUGAGAAGCACGGCUGCAGCACUUUAUUGGAUAGCAAUAUCAGUCGGGAAUUAUAUUGGAACGUUGGUGGUUUCACUUGUUCAUAAGUACACAGGAAAAGAACACAAUUGGUUGCCUGAUAGAAAUCUGAAUAGGGGAAGAUUGGAAUAUUACUAUUGGCUCGUCAGUGGUAUUCAGGUGUUGAAUCUUGCAUACUAUGUAAUAUGUGCUUGGUUUUAUACUUAUAAGCCGUUGGAAGAGGAUUGUGGAAAUGUUGAGGAAGAAGAUAGCAAAAUUGUUGAUAAGGUAAAUGAAAUCCCGUAUGAGAGAUUGAAUGAGGCUAAUCGGCAUGGAGAGGUAGAGCUUGCAAGAAAUGAAGCAGUCUAGAAUUGUUAAUUGUUAAGUGAUCGAUUUCUUUUAAUGUACAAGGUUAAAAAAUAAAAGAAAUUUAGGGAACUAAUUCAGUCAAUAAAAUUGUUAUAAAUGUCUCA